AUGAGGCCAGGCAUUGUUGUGCACCAGGAGGAACCCAGGACCCACUCCAACAGCGUAGGGUCUGACAAUGGGUCCAAGGAUUUCAUCUCUAAUGGCAUGAUCCCUCUUGAGGGCAUUGUCUUCAUGGAGAUCACUCCCAACAGGUUAGAAAUUUCCCAUCAAGAAAGGCUCCAGACCAUGCCAGAAAAAUACCUUCCAGAGCAGAAUAGUGCCUCUGGGCUCCCUAACUGUACAUUUCCCAAUGUGUGCCACGAAUGGAUUCAACCACUCGUUGAAAUGGUGAGGGAUGAACUACCUGUCCAAUGCAAACGAAACUCGCUGAUGCUCCCAUUUAAAAGCGCGAGCGCUUUUCCGCCCUUCCUUCAUUCUGCACAGAGCUUGUCAAGACGCAACAUGGACACGACGUGCUUCAGAGCGGCACAUUUUCCACCAAGAGCGCAACCGAAGAGCUUCAGCAUUGACUGGAUCCUCUCAUCCGGACACCGAAAGCCAACUGUCGAUAGUCAUAUCGCUUAUACCCAACCUAAAGUUUUGAUGCGCGGAGCUUUAUUUCCAGCGUUAACGAAUAGGCCUUUUGUUGCUGCCUUCGGAUCCGCGUGCGUCUACCCCCCGCACUUUUACCACCGUCAAAAUCCUGCGUUCAGAAACACCGAGACACGGCUUCAUGAUGGCCACCAGUCGGUUGGAGAUUUUAGUCUGAAAACGUGUCGGCGGAUCCGCACGGUUUUUAGCGCGGAGCAGCUGCAGAAGCUGGAGGAGGUUUUCGCUAAGCAGCGAUACAUGACAGGAUCGGAGAAAGUGCUGCUCGCCUCGGCGCUGCGUCUCACUGAAACACAGGUGAAAGUAUGGUUUCAGAACCGAAGGACCAAAUGGAGGAAGAACAGAGAAGUCGAGGGAGAACGACCGAAGGACCGUUGCAGUGACUUAAAGCAUGAAACAUCCAUGACAGAGGACGAAGAGUUCAAAUGUGUGGACAGUGACGAAUCUCCUGAAACGUGAACGGUCCGAAUUAAAUACGCACUAAAUCUCUUCUAAUUCUUGUUAAACAAGAAAUUAAGGCAUCAUGUCACUGUGUGGCUUUAUAGCUAUUGAUUUUUUUUUUCUUUCUUUAAAAAACAAAACAAAACAAAAAACACUGUAUGUGUGUAUAGCGUUUUUUUUCCUUUAAUGCAUUGUGUGAUGAAAUGUGGAUUUAUUCUCGUUAAAAAAUAAGGCUGUUUUGAAAUGUAUUUUUAAUGAUUACUAUUUUACUUAUAUUACUGAGCUUGUUUUUGUGUUC